UCCACCACCUCUGCUCAAACACUAGCUGCCAGCAGCUAGCACACCGCUCGUCGAUGGAUCGGUCGGUCAUGGACUACGGCAGCAACGCGAGCACGGGCACGACGGCCGCGGCGGCGCAGCAGCAGCAGCAGUAUAAUAACAGUUGCCGCUCCGCGUCGCCGCCGUCGCGGGUGUCGUCGUGCUCGCCGCCGCCGCCGGCCGCCCAGGUGGUGGGCAACGCGGCGCCGACGGUGGUGCUGAGCCCGUGCGCGGCGUGCAAGAUCCUCCGGCGCCGCUGCGCCGACGGGUGCGUGCUGGCGCCCUACUUCCCGCCGGCGGAGCCGGCCAAGUUCACGACCGCGCAUCGCGUGUUCGGCGCCAGCAACAUCAUCAAGCUCCUCCAGGACCUGCCGGAGUGCUCGCGCGCGGACGCGGUGAGCAGCAUGGUGUACGAGGCGGAGGCGCGGCUGCGGGACCCCGUGUACGGGUGCGCCGGGGCGGUGUGCCGCCUGCAGAGGCAGGCCAACGAGCUCAAGGUGCAGCUGGCGCGCGCGCAGGCCGACCUCCUCAACGCGCAGGCGCAGCACGCCAACCUGCUAGCACUCGUUUGCGUGGACAUGGUGAACCGCCGGGACGGACACCACCAGCACCAGCAGCUGCAGCAGCAGCCAUCGUCGCCGCUGAUGGACGGCGGCAGCGGUGGCGGCAGCAACUUCGGCGCGGCGUACCACCAGACGUUUUACGACUCGGACCUGGACUCAGCGACGUGGCCGGAUCACGAGGCCCAGCUCUGGACCUGAUCUGCACGAUCAGUAGAUGAUCUUAGUAGCUCCAGUAAUACACAAGUAGCUAAGACGAACGGUAACGUUUCUGGUUGCUUGCUGGCUAGCUGCUGCAAGACGCUGUAGCCGGCCGUAAUUAAUUAAGGCUGUAUGACUAUUACUCCGUCAAUACGAAUAUUUACUCUUGAAUCCA